CACAAACUCAGUGCUAUGAACUCCUUCUCAGUGUUCUUAGUGUUUGCGCUGGCUGCUUUGGCUGCAGCUGAGCCUCCAUCCGGCUACAAUUAUCCACGUGGAGGCGGUGGUGGCGGCGGCGGCGGUGGAUUUGGCGGUGGCUUCGGAGGCGGCUUUGGCGGCGGAUCUUCGUUCGGAGGUGGUGGCGGAGGCGGCGGUGGCGGCUAUCAAGCUGUCAGCGGUGGCUUCCAGACCUCAGAGGGACAGAAUGUGGACCCUCAGCUGCUGGAGCAAGUGCGUCAGAUUCUGCUGAAUGAGGAAAGCAAACAAGGCGGUGGCGGCGGAGGCGGCGGCGGCGGUGGUGGCUAUCCCAGCGGACCUUCCUCCAGCUAUGGCCCGCCCUCGACAAGCUACGGAGCACCCGGCAUUGGAGGCGGCGGCCGUGUUGUUGGCAUUGAUUUGGAGGGUGUGCGCCAGGCCAUUCAGGUUGCCCAGUUCGCUCAGCAAAGCUCGCAAGCUGGCGGCGGCGGUGGCUACCCAAGUGCUCCAUCGGGCUCUUAUGGUGCUCCCUCAAGGCCCAGCGGCAGCUAUGGUGCGCCCUUCUAAGCCACACUCUGCACACAAAUUUUCGCUGCCAAAAAUGAAUAACGACAGAAUGGACGACAUUAACCGACACAGCCAGACCUAACGACAACAGCAACAACAACAACAACAACAGCCACAAUCACAACAAAUUCUAAUACAUCAACAUCAUUCUAUGGAAAUUUGGUAACAAAAAGCAGCAAAGCGAACCUCUAAACUGAGUUCGACUCGACUUAGCUCGUGCUAUUCACACCUCCUAUUCCACACACACUCAGUGACUGCAAUUUCUCUACACUCUUUUUUUUCUACUCAAACUCAAAAUGUAGUUUCAACCAAAAAACCCUUGGCGCUGAAAUACCGUUUUGUGUUUUGUAAAUAGUUUUUCUCCACAAUCUUUCUUUUAUUUCGAUGCGUAUCUAACAGCAAAAACGCAGAAAGAAAAGAUGGCCCCAAAACCGUGUUAUAACGCAUUAUCUAGCUUGUAAGUGUUUUUAUUUUUAUGAAACAAAC